AUGCACCAGCACACCAAUCAACAAGGCCGUAGAAACCUCGAAGACAAUGCAUGGACCAAAUUGAGCUCGAGCGCCUUUUGUAAUAAUCAAGUCCUUGCCCGGUUAUUGUACGAAUUUUUAAAGUCGUCCGUCUACCUUAAUUUGAUUGUAGUGCAGUUCCCAACAUCUCAUCAAAAUGUCGUGAGAGCAAAAUAUUCAGGAGUUGACGAAUUAUUCGGGUUAAAGUUUUUAUGGAAUUCGACGAUCAUUUAUUUGUUGUUACCAUGCAUCAUUGUUCUCUUUCCUCACCGAUCUUCCCUGUCGUGA